ACCCCGCAUCCGCAUAUCCUGCUGCUGCUGUUGUUGUUGUUGUUUUCUAUAUGCCUCGAUUUUUCGGGCUAACAACAAUUACAGCGGUUAAAUUGUCUAAUUUUCAUAUCCUUCGAGUGUUUGCUUUACCGUUUUCAAGUUUAAGCUGCAAACGGAAGAAAAAAGAGAGAGUGGCGUCACACGAAAAGAAAAUUUUCUUUGGCGUCGUCGAGCAGCAGCAACAACAACAGUCGCAACGCACAAAAGCAUGCUACGCUAAAUUGCAUUUGGCGUCUGUCAAGGACAAAACAAAACGCUGUCUGUGUGAGUGCAGCCACAACAACAAGAAACAAUAGCAACAACAGCAUGUGGCACAAAUAACGGAACAGCAAAGUAUCAACAGCAGAGGAAGAAAGGAAAAAAUAGAUAGGAAAACAAAACAAAAGACAGGAACAAAUCACACACACGAGGGCAAAGACAAAGAAAAAAACAAACGGAGGCUGCAAAAAAACAAAAUUUAAAAAAGGGAGAGGCAAACACACACAUAUUUACUACCCCGCCCUCCCCUUCACAUCCGCCACCCAGGACAUUUGGCGCCAGCUCGGGCAGCGACUGCGACGUCGACUGAGGCAGCGGUGGAGCACCAUGUGUCUCCAUCCCUCUCACGCUCACACGACCGCGCUGCAGUGGCUCCUGCUCUCCUUGUCCCUCUUCUUGGCGCUGCUGCCAGCGAACGUGACGGCUAGAUUUUGCGAGGGCUGCAGUCAGGGAUGUUGCACCCAGGGCUGCUGCCCACCGUACCAGGGCGGGCCACGCCCCCUGCCGCCCUCCUCGGACUCGCACGUUCUCAAUCUGUUCUUCGCCACCCACUGGUUUUUCUGGUGCGUUGUGGUUGCCAUCAUCUUGGCCAUCCUGUGUGCCUACUCGCUAUGGAAGAAGCGGCGGACCCUGUGCGGCUGGGGCUUCAAUGAGCACCACACCCAAUCCGAGGGAGAUUCGGCCGGUUCCUGCUAUGCUCCGCCCCAAUACAGUCGCUGCAACUCGUUUCACCAUCCGCCGCCGCCCUACACGGAGGUGACCUCCAAACCGGACCUGUAUCCGCUCGUCUUCACCUGCAACAGCGACUCGGGCAACGGCAAGGGCAACGGCAGCUCCAGCUACCUGAUGGUCCAGUACUUCCGCAACUACAUUGUCCGGCCGGCGGCGGGCGGUUCCCUGAGCGCCGCCAGCACCGUCGACUCCCUGAGCUCCAGCUUCAUCUGCAACGCGAACGAGGCGAACACCCUGGUGCCGCCGCCCUAUUCCCGGGCAGCCAGUCCGGAGCUGGGACUGCAUCACUACGUGGCCCAUGCCCAUGCCCAUGGCCAUGGCAACAGCAGUCACCUCCGAUCGAUGGAGCAGCCUGUGCCGGCAGGUGCUCCGCUGGCCUCCGUGCACUACGCCAUGCCGCGAUCGGCCUCCCAGCUGGUGGAGACGGACGCCUAUCAGCCGCGACUGAUGCCCGCCCAGCAGGCGGCGCAGCACUACGCCACCGUGGCACUGGGCAGUGCUCCGGGCGGAGGGCCGCUCUACAGCACCCGGCUGCACGCCUCCCACGAGGAGGGAGUGGGAGUGGGCAUGGGCGUGGGCGUGGGCUACCUCCAGUCGCAGAGCGAUCAGCACUUCCGGUACAUGGCCAACAGCAGCAGCAGCCUGAGCGACAUCUUUGUGAACACCAGUUGUGUGGCAGGAAUGCUGCCAGAAAGUGGAGGACCAGGCGGUGCCGCCCAGGGCGUGGAGAGUGGAGCAGCCACGCAGGCGGCCUCCCUGAACAGCCUGGCCAUGGGCGGCCUGGGCGGAUCGGUCACCGGCGGCACCGGGGCCUCCGGAGGAGCCGGCACCCCGGUGAUAUACAGCAACGGCUGCAUCCAGCCCAAUCCGCUGCACAGCCUGGAGAACUGCUGUCAGCCGUCGGCCCAGGUGUCCGGCGUGAGCAGUCUGGCCAACAUCGGGACGCCGGGAUCGCCGCCGCAGGCCACCAGUCCGACGGGCGAGGUGCGCGAGAUUCUCGACCAGAUCCGCCAGCUGCAGGCGGGCGUCAGCUACGAACAGCUCCUGCUGAGCGGAGCGGGCGGCGGGGCCAAGCCGCGGCUGCAGCACACGCUGUCGACGCCCUCGAACUCCCAGCAGGUGCUGCAGCCCAUCCUGACCACAUCCGCGUCCAUUUCCGGCGGCAGCAGUGGGCGGAGUAAAAAGUUCUUCACCUCGGGCAGCAGCAAGGCGCAGCCGAACAAGGCUCUGUACAUACCGAUGGCGGCCAUCGGAGGCUCCUCCGGCUCCGGUUUGGGAUCGGGAUCGGGAUCGGGAGCGCAGCGCUGCGUGCUGAAGAGUCCGGUGAGCAGUGUGGUCAGCGGGGCCAGCUUCUUUGUCAACCGGGGACGAGUGGCGCGCAAGGGCUGGAUCACCCGAUCGGCGCCCACCACUCCGGGCAGCGCCCUGCCCCCCAAUCGCCUGGGCGACGACAGUCCGCUGCUGCUCAACGAGCACGACGAGGAGGAGGAGGAGGAGCAGGAGCAGCGGGAUCGGAAUCGAAAUCAGGAGGAUACCGACACCGAAACGGAGGCGGAGGCCAGGAACCAUCGUCGCCAGCAUCGCCAUCAUCGCAGUAAAGGCCAUCGCAGCCAUCGCCAUGGACAGCUUGAAUAAUAGUGGGCGUGGUCGUUGGAAUCGCCAGUGUCAUUUAGUAGUUGUUGUUGUAGCUCAAGGUUCUCCUUUAGAAAUAAGCUUUUAAACGAAAGUGGAGAAGGCUUUUGGGGGCCGGCAGCACGCUUCUUAGUCUGAGGAAUCCCGAGUUCCGUUUGUAGUUCUUAUAAUUUAGUACCUCUAAUUUGUAUGGUUUUUUAAAGUUC